AUGGAAAUUUUGCUGUUUACCCUGCUAUUUGCCUUGAUCCACCCAAAAAAAGUCGUUACAAACCAGAUUUUAAGUGGUGCAUGCCGGGAAAAUAGAGAGGAGUUUGGUUUUGCUUUAGUUGGGCAUUACUAUAGAAGUGUGCACGCUGACCAUGUUGGUCGCUGCCUCUUUGAAUGCAGUUUAACGGAAAAAUGUCAAAGUGUGACGUAUCUUUGUGAUAAAAAGGAAUGUAAAAUGAACAAGGAGACAAAGAGGUCAAGGCCUGAGGAUUAUGUGGAAAAUCCAGCUGCUACGUAUGUGGAAAACAUCUUUCGAGGUAUCAUAAAUCACUCGUUGCUCUCGAUUAAGUGAUCCAUAUUCUGAGUGGCAUGGAACUGACAGUUUUAUCUUUGCUUACUCAUUUUCCUUACAGCAAAGAAAGGAUCGCAAUCUUCGAUCCCAGGCCAUUCCUGCAAGGAUAUUCUGAUGAGCGGUGACGCCCAGGGGGAUACUGAGUACUGGAUCGACCCAACAGCCUCAGAGGACCCUUUGAGAGUAUUCUGUGACAUGACAACUGAUGAAGGUUUGUUGAAUUACAUCAGUUAUUUCAAGAUCUCCUGAUGCAAAAAUCUGCUUAAUUCAGAUGACUUGUCAGAUUCCUUAUCAUUUUACAGCACCUUUCCUUUCCGUUUCAUCGAUUGUUUGUUCAACAAAACAGGUCAAACGAGCUGGUAAGUAUCACUGAGUAAAAAUCCAGUUUUAACCAGCAUAAAUUUUAUUUUCAGGUGGAUGGACUCUCAUCAAACAAUUCAUCAUGAGAAACCAGUCUGAAGGCGACGAUGAAACCUCAAACUCUUACAGAGAGAUCCUUCCAAACUAUAACUCCAACAACAAAUUCCUGUUGCGAAGUGGCUUUUAUCAGCUGAGAAACGACAUGGGUUUCACACAAAUUCGGUUCUACUGCUUUAAAAAGAUUUUGGACCGAGUGUUUCACAUCAUGACUACUAAGAAUGCCGAGGGGGAGAAGGUAGUGAAGUUUUUCACCAACUCCACCUCAAGCGAUAGACCCAAAGCUUGUGGCUCUUUCAUACCCCUCCCAGAUGACAACUCAAUACUGGCCGUAAACUGUCAGAAAUGGGGUUAUGAGAAUAAAGACAAUUGGGGUCGUGUAGGUUAUUUAAAUAACCAACGCCUUUAUCAAAGAUCCAUUUUGUGGCUUUCUGCGGAAAGGUUUUAUAAAUGCUAUGGUCGACUCCCCCAUAAAUGUGACGACGAUGAUUCACCGAUGUCCUUAGGGGACACGUGGCAAAUAUUUGUGCGAUAGAAGGGAAAGGACUUGAGUGCAGUAAGGAAAAAUAAGGGGAAAUAAUUUACUCUUGGUUAAGUUCAACGAUGGUUAAAAGACCUCUUAAAAUAACUGAGUUAACUGCACUUGGAAAGAACCGUAAUUUUAAUUAAAACAGGGAACCACUCACCAUUUAUCGCCUGGGGUUGGGGGCGAGGGGUAAUGAGGAUUUUUGGGGGGGAUCACCUGGAAUUAAGGGGGAACAGAGUGGGGGGGAUCAGUUGUAAGAUCUGACCUGGCUACGUGAGGGCCAUUACUGACAACAAUAGUGAUUAAAGAUCCUUCUUGUUAGUAUUGUCAGUUUAUUGGUGAAAUAAGGUAAUUUAUAGGACAUUCGUCGUAAUAAAGCACAUUUGGUGUGAUCAAGCCAUUGCUAUUCGCCGAUGUGCCAGUUUCGUCCAUACUGCAUUUACUGGAAAUUCGAUGACUCGAACCCAAACUCAAGCAAUUUACAGACAUUCACCGUAAUAAAGCGAUUCAUUGCAGGAUAUUCAAUGUAAUCAACAAGCAGUUGUUAUGUGCCGACAAGCAAUAGUAGGACGAUCCUUAUUGAAAAGGAUAUUAUUGUUAUGUGGUAUUGUAUGUGUAUUUUUCAAACUCAUUAAUUAUUCAUGAGGUUAUUUCGUCACAUGCAUGAAUCUAGAUAUUCGAUAAAAACGCAUAUCCGUAUUUCGUCAUAUGCAUGAAUCAAGAUAUCCAAUAAAUAUAUGUUAUUUGCCGGCUGGGAGGUCCGUAUGGUGAAAAACUGUGACUGAGGUCUUGAAAAUACUGCCCGAGGCCGUAGGCCGAGGGCAGCAUUUUCAAGACCGAGGUCACAGUUUUUCACCAUACGGACCGACCCUUAGCCGGUAAAUAACAUAUUUAUUGCUUUUAAACUUGACGAAAUUCUUUCCGAAAGAACCCGAAUGAUUUAUGGCCGUAAAUACGGCAAGAUCUUCCAUAAACUGAACAAUUUUUGAGUGAGUAAAUGGUAGUUAAAAUAGAGGUGAUGCAAAUUUAAGAGAGAUGCCUCAGCGAAACAUUUUCAUUUCCGUAACGAUAAAGGUGAUUUAAAAGGCUUCCAAACAAACUUUGAAACAUUAUUUUUACAAGUAUCUGUCACAAUCUGACACCUGUCAAUUAGAGAGCGCCCAAGAAAAAAAAAAGCCUAGGAACAUUUGAAAACCAAUUAGUUUGGCAAGGACUGUCACGACAAUGUUUUCUUCAAAAUCAGUUAAUGAUCUAACGGAAAGUAUUAUUCACUCUCAUCGACCAUUCAUUCAUGUACGAAGAUUUACCUCUGUUCAUUAAGUAAACGGCGAGGAAAGUAAUUGUGAGUAAAUUCAAUUUUUUUAUUUUGAAGUUGUGAGAGUUUGCUCGUUUGUUUGCUGUAAUGGCGUGUUUAACUCUGAUCUUUCCUUCACAAAAACUAAAUUCGAACGGCACACUCCAACGAGACACAAGGGAAUGUAAUGCGGCCUUUUCUCAAAAAAUUCCUUCAAUUUCUGUUGUAAUGCAAUUUAAGGUACAAAUGUCCAAAUUGAACGGAAUUGGAAAGACUCACCAGGAGCGUAUAUUUGUUGUAGAACUUAAAUUAAAACUUCGCUCGCUCUUUCACUAUGAACAAAUUGCUUGAGAAACUUCAGAUAUUAAAUGAACGAAAGUUCCAUCGUUCAGUUUAACUGUAACCAAAUACCUCACGUUUCAACUUUCUGGGUACUUUUUGUGAACGAUUAAAAUUAAUUGCAGACGGUUUUUAGGCCGCUUGUCAACCAACGUAAUGACACUAUUGUUUAUACAAAUUCAUUCUGAAACCAAUAUUUUUCUGUCAACCAAAGUGAUUUGAUAGAGAGAAAAGAGAGGAUUCAUAAGUUAUUUAUCGGCUUGAGGUAGUGACCGACGUGUUUGCUUAAAAAUACUGCCCAGCCGGAAAACGAGGUAUGUUUAUGAAAAAUGACAACGAAAGUUGGGAUGUAUUCGGCGACUCACGAAAGCGUUACCGUAGCCCGUGGGCAGAGAUAGGAAAAUACUGACCGGGUAAAGAACCAAUCAGAUUGCAAGAUUCGUUACCGUGCCCUCUAAAAAAACAAUAAAAACGCAUAUCCAGAUCAUUAGUGAUCAGAAAUUUAGCAUACACUUUGAAUUCCCUAAAGAAACCCCAAUCAGACAACAGAUGGAUGGUAGCUGAUAAUGAUAAGAUCAGUUCAGAAGCAUGCAAUAUUUCCCACCUAACUCGGAUUAUUUCAUCUGUCGCCUUCUUACAAUUCCUACUCGUAGAGUCAACUUACGUAGAGAUCUAACUUUACAAAUACUGCCAACGCUUGUUUGCUGUCGCCUCGCAGAUACAUGCUUUCCUAAAACAUGAUCAGACUUAAAUUGAAGUACCGUUAUUCAGUUUCCCAAUUAAACUCAUUCUACUUUCGAUCCUUUGCCUGUAAGGAACUCUUUGGUACGAGUUCGCAUGAUUUUGUGGGUUAAACAGUUCAAAUUGUUUUGCAUCUCCUCGAGCUAGAAAAGUUUUUAGGAUGGCUAAUGAUCUAAACGAUCUGUAUUUGAAAUUCAGUCUGCCCAGUUGAUUAGCAAAAAUAGUUACCACCUCAGUUUCUAAUAGUUAUUGACGUUCUUUACUAGGUUCUAUGGGAAAAGGCUUUUCUUUUCGCUCCAGCCUCUCACAGAGGUGUGAAUGGAGAGGAUGUACAUGUACAAGUUCUGAAUCUUAUGAGGCGACGGCAUAACUCCAAAAAGUAUUAAUCCUCGAUAUGUUUAAUAACCAAUGAAUCUAAGAUUGCUUAAUUAUUGAUAAAACACAAUGUUUUAACUACCUGGAAGCAAAUCUGUAGGGAAAAGCACAUUUUUAUUUCUUUUUCGGAUUCUGCGAGCGUACCUCAGUGUCGCAAAAGCUGCCAGCGUAGUUUAAGAAGAUUGCUAGAGCUGAUCUAGAGUUGAUGAGGAAAAGAAUUACAAGGCUGGCAUUGCCCCAAUAAUACCAUCGACAAUGCCAUAUUGCUGCAUUAUUGAUGAAAAACUUUAACUUUGCUGGCAAUAUUGAUAACAAGAAGACAUUUCUCUCCUCGAUGAGAACUGAGAAGUAUAUUCAAGUGGAGUAUCGAUCCUCUACUUAAAAGUUAUUAUGGGCUUUUUACUCCCAUUUCACAGUCCUGUUCCCUAACAAAGAGGAUUUCAAAGGGCGUAGUCAACUUUUAAAGUAUGAAGUAGGUACUAGUAAGUGUUUUGUAAGAAGAGGAACGAGAUGUAGGACGAUGCCGAAAAGAAAUAAAAGAUCUGAACACCUCCGGAGCCGCAAACGCCUUACUGUGUUAGCGUCGACACCUCAAAUGUAAGCCGGAAUCUAUUUGAAUGUUCAGGAUUGAAGGGCGUUUAAUUUAAGAAAGUUCGUUGGGUAGAUAAAGAAUAUUUUGAACACUGAAUUUUAACCCGCACUCUAGCGUACUGGCAUAUUGUAUAAAAUUAACACCCUCAGUGGAAAAGCAAGAAUAUGAUGCAUUUCUUAUUUAUCAUUAGAAUUAGUCAGCGUGGUUAAGUCGUUUGUUUGCUGUCGCCUCGCAGAUAUAUGCUUUCCUGAAACAUGAUCAGACUUAAAUUGAAGUAUCGUUAUCAGUUUCCCAAUGAAACUCAUUCGACUUUCGAUCCUUUGCCUCUAAGGCACUAUUUGGUACGAGUUAGCAUGACUUUGUAGGUUAAACAGUUCAAAUUGCUUUGCAUGUCCUCGAGCUCGAAAAGUUUUUGGGACGGUUAAUGAUCUUAACAAUCUGUAUUCAAAAUUCAAUCUACCCAGUCGAUUAACAAAAAUGGGUGCCACCUCAGUUUCCAACAAUCAUUGACGUUCUUUACUACGUUUCAGAGAAAAGGCUCUUCUUUUCGCUUCAGCUUGUCACAGAGGUGUGAAUCGAGAGGAUGUACAUGCACAAGUUCUGAAUCUUAUGAGGCGAAGGCAUAACUCCAGAAAAUAUUAAUCCUCGAUAUGUUUAAUAACCAAUGAAUCUAAGAUGGCUUAAUUAUUAAUGAAAGACAAUCUUUUAACCACCUGGAAGCAAAUCUUUAGGGAAAAGCAUAUUAUUUUCUUUUUCGAAUUCAGCGAAGGUGCCUCAGUUACAAAAAAGCUGCCAGCGUAGUUUAAGAAGAGUGCUAGAAUUGAUCUAGAGUUGAUGAGGAAAAGAAUUACAAGGCUGGCAUUGCCCCAAUAAUACCAUCGACAAUGCCAUAUUGCUGCAUUAUUGAUGAAAAACUUUAGCUUUGCUGGCAAUAUUGAUAACAAGAAGACAUUUCUCACCUCGAUGAGAACUGAGAAGUAUUCAAGUGGAGUAUCAAUCCUCUACUUAAAAGUUGUUAUGGGCUUUUUACUCCCAUUUCACAGUUCUCUUCCUUGACAAAGAAAAUUUCAAAGGGCGUAGUCAACUUUUAAAGUAUGAAGUAGGUAAGUGUUUUGUAAGAAGUAGAAUGAGAAGUAGGACGACGCCGAAAAGGAAUAGAAGAUCCGAACACCUCCGGAGCUACAAACGCUUUAUUGCGUUAGCGUCGGCACCUCAAAUAUAGGCCGGAAUCUAUUUGAAUGUUCAGAAUUGAAGGGUUUUUAAUUUAACAAAGUUCUUUGGAUAGGAUAAAGAAUAUUUUGAACCCGCACUCUUGCUUACUGACAUAUUGUAUAAAAUUAACACUAUCUGUUAAAAAGCAACAAUAUGAUGCAUUUCUUAUUUAUCAUUAGGAUCAAACAGUAGGAUUAAGUCGCUGUAUGCCAAUUGGUUGAAACACAAGCUAAAACAACCUGUUUGACGAUGAUGUCAAAUUUCCAUGGGUUACUAGUUUAAGAAAGGUUUAUAAGCGAUAGGCGAAUACUCUGCUUCUCAGUAUAUUUGACAAACAGCCAGGAAAAGACGAGUCGCCUUGGAGAAAGAGGCACAGAGAUAUGUAGCUUGAGAACAAGUAGCGCUCCUUUUGUUUCAUUUGGUAUAUCUUAUACUGCGUCCAACUCAAACAAGUUGAAAGUUUUUGCACAAAAAUCGAUGAUUGUGAACCCGUUUGAAACUAAAGCAGCUUUUCAGCACAAUUCAUCCUUCAGGAAGACCAAGGCACUAUCACAAUCCUUAUCUAAAAGAGGUAAUAAUUGUAUCGUAAGGAAAACGAUUCUGAUGAAAAAUGGCGUUUCAACAGUUUCGGAAUGAUGACAUCUUGAACGUGCCAUUUAUGUGUAGACAUGUCAAUGGAAAUUUCUGAAAUUGUAGUUCACUGCAAGGGUCAUUUCUUUUCCUCAAUUUCGUCCGUAGGAAUGAAUAUUACGUAUUCAGUCAUAUUAUCAGAUCCCUUCCACGCGCGGCCAUAAAAUAUCCUUUAUAUGUAAAACUCGUUAUUACUUAUAAUUAUUAAAAAACAACAGAGAAGAAAAGAUACAUAUGAAUGUUAGCGACAUGUUAUAACUUUACAGUAUCAUUAUAACUGAAUAACUGAACAUGUACAUGUCCUUUGCUUACAGAUUUUCAGUCGCCAUGGAAAUUUGUCUUUAUGCCCUGUUCGUCAUAUUGGGCCUACCCACAACAUUUACCGGCCAGCCUGCGUGCCGGGACAACCAAGAGGAGUUUGGUUUUGCCUUGGUUGGGCAUGACUACAAAAGUGUGUACGCUGACCAUUUCAGCCGCUGCUAUUUUGAGUGCACUUCAGAGGAGAGAUGUCAAAGUGUGACGUAUCUCUGGGAUCAAAAGGAAUGUAAAAUGAACAACGAGACAAAGAAGUCAAGACCUGAGGAUUAUGUGCAAAAUCCAGCGGCUACCUACAUGGAGAAUACCUUCCGAGGUAUUGUUAACCAGGAACAUUUUCCAGUUAUGUCUGUAAACCAUUUUGGAAGGGAGGGGACUGUAAGUUUUACCUUUGCUCGUUGACUCCUUCGCUUGUUGCAUGAGCUCAGUUAAGAUAAAGCUAUAUUCUCUCUGACAGAAGACUGCUUACUUAUUUUCUCUACAGCAAAGAAAGGCUCGAAAUCCUCGAUCCCAGGUCAUUCUUGCCGAGAAAUCGUAUUAAGCAAUAACUCCCAGGGGGAUGGUGAGUACUGGAUCGACCCAACAGCUUCAGGGAGACCCUUCACAGUGUUCUGUGACAUGACGACUGACGAAGGUAAAAAAAAAAACUUACAUAAUUUGAUAAAUAACAAAUUACAUUUUAGAUAGACUUGGCUUUUCGUUUGCUGGGCUGCCAACAUUAACCUUUACAUACUUGAGAACUGCCUCUUUUAUUAAGUUAUACUCAUACAUAAUGAAGGGCCUGUAUCUAACAUUCAGAAAAAAUAUCUUAAGAGCAUAAAUAUACAAAAUUUCUUUAUAUGAAAAGCUCUUCGUUUUGAUGAGUGCAGAUGUCCCAGAUGAAAAAAAUACCAUGUACUUAUGCUUGAGAUCUUUCAUUGGGCACAAUUUGGGCUGCAAAAUGAAAUUAUCUCCCCUUAAUUGGGAUCCUCUCUACAUCUUCAAAUCUUCAUCACUCUGCAUGCAACUCGUAUCUUCCCAGGAAAGACUAGAAAAAAUGGCGCUCUUUUUUUGGUUCGACGAUAAAAACGUACGCAGCUAGAAAAACAAUGCUCUAAAGUCUUGAAAAACUCCUCAGUCCCUUGACUUUCCGAAGAUUACCUUAAGAUUUUUCUUGUUCUGUGAAGUAAAUGGCAAUGUUCUGUUCUGUUAUGCCCAACCACCUCUGUCAUGCAUUGCAAGCUUUAGUGGAAGCCCUAGAGACUUCUUCUGUCAAGCAUUGUAAGCGUAGUUGAAGCUCUAGCUUCUAAAUUAACCCUUUUCAAGUUACUGACUGUUCGCCAUGAUUCCCCCUCUUCACAGGUGGAUGGACUCUCGUCCAUCGCUUUACCAUGAGAGAUCCCAGUUCUUCAGAUGAUUCUACUUACGAAUCCAACUCCUAUCAAGAGAUUCUACCCAAAUACAAUCUCAAUCAUCAGUUCCUGUUGAGGCAUGGCUUUAGCAAGUUAAAAACUGACAUGGGUUUCACUCAGAUCCGGUUUUACUGCUUUAAAAAGAAGCCAGGGUCAGUAUUCCAUAUCACGACAAGCAAGAACAUAAAGGGAACUGCAGUGGUGGACUUUUUCACAGUAUCUGAUACUAUGCCUGAGGCGUGUGGAUCUUUUACUCGCUUUUCAGACGAUAACUCAACCUUAGCCUCUAUUUGUGAUGAAUGGGGCCACCCGAGUAACAAUCGAUGGGGACAUAGAUCUUACCGAACGGAUGAGCGCCUCUUUAAGAGACCGCUUUUCCGCAAGGGGACUAAUAGCAAUAACAUGAAUUUCAUUUUUUUCCGAGUAUCGGGGGGCUUUCCCUAUUGUUGUGAUGACAGUGACAUGGAGGCAUCUUUGGGUGAUACAUGGAAGAUAUUUGUACGAUAA